AUGAGUCUACUUGGCUCAUUAUUAGCGUAUCAGUCAUUUUCUAGGUUUUUUCCGAGGCUUUUCAGACCUUUUAUAGUUCUAUCUAGGAACACAGGACACCCAUUUCUUCACCAGCACCAACAUGGCAGUCCUUCGAGGAAUUUCUGGACCGAGCAUUUUUUGUCUUCAGCGGAGCUCUCAGAAAAGAAUACAGACCAAGAAGGGGUGCCUCAAGCUCACGAAAGGACAAUCUUCGUCACCAGCUUUAAACAGCCGAUAACGGAAGAAAGUCUUCGUGAGCACUUUGCUCAGUUCGGUGAGAUUGAACGUUUCAAGUGGGCGCUAACAAAAACCACCAAGAGAUCUCGGGGAUUUGCCCAUAUAACGUAUAAGAAUGAUGAUGAUUUCGUGAACGUCCUUCGUCAACCUCACGUAAUGGGUGGCCGUCAUCUGGUUGUUCAAAAAAGCCGCCCGAUAUCACAACAGUUUGAAAAAACGCCUUUUGUCCAGGUGCGAAAUGUGGAUUCCACUAUGACAAAAGAACAGAUGACGGAACACUUUUCAAAAUAUGGUUUCGUAAGGGCGAUCGAUUGGCCAGUUGACAUCUUAGCCAACACCAAACGUGACUUUUGUUUUGUCCAGUUUUCAUGUGCUGAUGAAGCAGAGUUAGCCUGUAAAGAUGUAAACCAAAUUCUUUGCCACCAGGAAGUUCAAAUUCAGAAGAGUAACUCAAAAAUGUGCACAUCCCUUACUAAAAGCAACAGGAUUGUUGUUUCUGCUGAUGCUGCGAUCGAAGCAGUUGUGUUAUAUUUUGGAAGGUUUGGAAAGAUCAGGUCAGCCUGGGCAAAUUAUAACAUUGGUACAAAUCCAAUGUUCUCGCUUUUGUUUGAAGAUGAACAUACUGUACAUGAAAUAAGUAAACAGACUCAUUUCAUUAACAGUCAAGAAAUUUUCCCAUCACGGGGUUUACCCAAACCUACUCUUGCGUAUCCUUUUGAGAAGAAGAUUUUUGUUAGUGAGCUGCCAAAAAGUGUCACAAAGGAAGAUGUUAUCAAAUACUUCCGUCAAUUUGGAAGUGUCCAACAUGUGCAGUUUUCUGAAGAUCGUGGGUCAGGGGAGAAAGUGAACUGUACUGUGACUUUCAUGACACUUCAAGAUGUCAAUAAAGUGAUGGUUGAAGAAGAACAUAACAUAAAUGACAAGAAAAUACAAAUUCGCCGUUUUGGAUAUCGAAAAGUUGAUGAUGCAACAAUAAACAUCAUAAAUGCUACCAGCUCUUUUGCAGGUUGACUGUCUGUGGAUAUUGCAAGUAGUCUUAGGUUUUUCUUUCAUCUUUAGUAAGUGAUAAUUUGCCACCAUAGAUAAUACCAUCCAUAAUGGCCACACUUGUUAAAAGUUAUAUCUAGAAAGAAUUCUUGAAAAGUUGAUGUAAUAUAUCAAACAUGAGAUGCAGUGUUUCAUCACCAGAUGAAACACCGAGAAGAGAGUUGAAAAUACGACGCGUAGCGGAGUAUUUUUGACGAACUGCGGCGUGUUUCAUCUGGUGAUAAAACUCUGUGUCGAAUGUUUGAUAUUUCUUCUCAAACAAAAUCAUUUUUGAAGGAGAAAUUAAGGAUGCAAAAAUGAGCAGUUUUUCAUCUGAUAUCCAAACACUCAUUAAACAUUAAUUUCCUCUGAAUUUUCUUUAUGAAUUAUUAAUGAGUUUGAGAAGUAAGAUUAAAAAGUACCUGAUUUUUCCUGUAUGUAGCGAUUUUAAUUUUCUAAAAACUUUAGAUGAAUAUAAAGACCUAACGUGACCUCUUAAACCCUACAAAUCUACCUAACAGGGCACGUAAUCUGGGAAUUUUAAAGGAACCUGACAAGACACUUAAGUGGUAUUUACAUGACGAAGAAGUCUUUGAACGAAAACCGCAGACUGACCUGGCUGGAAAGCGAGGAAAUGCGAAGGUGAAAAUAGAAAAAGAAGAGCUGGAGAAAGUUCAGAAACAAACCAGGUUUACGAUAAAACAAACCCAGAUGUCUCUUGCAUGUCUUCGUCCCAGAAUCUUUGCGGCUGUUUCCUCGGAAGGAGUGAAAGGCUUGUUCUCUUCCUUCAUGUGGAAUCCAAUAUGGCGCCGUCCAUUAUUUCUAGGGUUCGCGUGGCAUCAAGAAAACCAGUCUUCUUCCUCUGAGAACGAAGCAACGAAUUGCCGAAAACUUUUUAUCAGGAAUUUGAAAUUCAAAACCAAAAAGUACGAUUUAGAGGAGUAUUUUUCUUCAUUUGGCGAUAUUGAGGAGGUUGAGUUACCAGUUACUAAAGUCACUGGUAGAUCCAAGGGAUUCGCUUUUGUAACAUUCCAGGAUGAAUCUGCGGCUAAACGCGCUUUAAACCAUCCUCAUACAUUUCAGGGCCGUGAGUUAAGUCUUGCCUAUGCUACAGAUAAUCCUCCACCUGCACAAUGCAGAACUAACGUGAUAUGUGUGAAGAAUGUUACACCGGAGAUCGACCGAGAACAAAUUAUGGAACAUUUCUCCAGUUUUGGCGCAGUCCUUGCUGUAGAUUUACCAGUCGAUCCUACCACAAACAAAAGACAUCCUUACUGUUUUGUUCACUUCACAUACGAAGAAGAAGCUGAGGAGGCGGUUAAAAAUCGAAUCCAAGCUUUGGGGAAUUGCUCCGUGGAAAUCAGGAAAAGUCUGGCCCGAAUGUCUCCAACGUUUACUGAUAAAAUUGUUGUGUAUCCCCCGGAAGAUAGUACAGUCAAUUCAAUAAGAAAUUACUUUGAGAACUUUGGCACAAUUUUGUCAGUUGUGUUGAAUUUUGUUUUGGUUAGUGACGACCCUCAACCAAGAUUAGUUGCACGAGUUCUAUUUGACAACAGUAAUACUGUAAACAAUGUCAUGAACCAAGCCCAUGUAAUCAAAAGUAAUCCUGUUGUAGUGAUUCGCGGGGACCAAACCAGUAAAUUCCAAGACACAGCCGACAGAAGAAUAUUCAUUGAUGGUCUACCAUCUUGGGUCACUGAGAGGGAUAUCAAGAAAUACUUUUCACAGUUUGGUUUUGUUACGUUAUGUCAUUACUUGCAGGACCCAGAAACUGGUGGUAAACUUAACUGGUGUCUGCUUGCAUUCAAUUCCCCUACUGGAGUACACAAAACAAUGAGAAUAAAAGAGCAUCAGAUUGGAGGAGAGACAGUUAGAGUGCGACGCAAAGGCUGGCAGAGUGAAAGGAUAAGCAGUUUGAUGAAGCACAAAACUGAUUUCCAUUAUUAACUGCACAGAGUCAUGUCUGACAAUCAAAGCAACAAAAUGGUCACAGACCUGUCUUUUCUUGAAAAUUGAUUUGUUAUUGAAAAAUAAAUUAAUGACAAUCUAUCUGUCCUAGAGUAGACUGCUAGGAGUCUUCUUUAUCUUUAAAGGCAGAGGUAUAUCACACAUCCCGUGCAAGUGACACAGCCAUGAGAUACCUGGCCAUCUCUUGUUACACAUUGCAACUUGCAAACUUGGAAGACAAAACAAGAGACUCCUCACAGCCUAUCCCAGGAAGUUUUGCUGAAAAUGCUAUUAGUUACUGGUAA